CGAUCUGAGCUACAAUUCACUGUCAGGCCCCAUCCCUGCGAGCAUAGGCCAGCUUCCCCUGCUGGAGUCACUUGACCUCUCGUAUAACAUGUUAUGGAGUGCCUUACCUUCCACCAUUGGCUCCUUGUCCAGCCUUACAAACCUCGACCUAGCAUCAAACACCAUAGAGGGCGCCUUGCCUUCUGCCAUUGGCUCCUUAUCCAACCUUAAAAUCCUCGAUCUGGUUAACAACGAUUUCAAUGGAAUAGUACCUGCGUCUCUGAGAGCACUCACGAAUCUGCGUCUUCUUGAUCUGGGGAAAAACUCAUUUUCUGGAAGCUUCCCCACUGUCGUCUCAAAACUAACCCGGCUCUCGUUAUUGUCACUCAUUUCCAACAAGUUUGGAGGAGUCAUUUCCUCGUCCAUCUCUCUCCUCUCGGAUCUCAAAGCAAUUGAUGUGAGCAGCAACAGCUUUAAGGGAGAGAUCCUCCCACCAAUAGCAGCCCUCAGCAACUUAAUCUUCAUCAACCUCGCGGACAAUGAGUUCUCUGGUUCCAUUCCAUCAGAUUUUGGCAGACUCACUGACUUGAAGACCCUAAUACUUAUGUACAACCAGUUCACGGGCAGCAUUCCACAAACUCUCUCUUUGCUCAAGAAGCUUACUCACCUUGACUUAGCUAACAACCUCUUUCAAGGCACCAUCCCUUAUUCCUUUGUCACCCUCACCGAUCUCAACAUGAUUGACCUCUCUAGCAACAACUUCCAAGGAACCAUCGCUUCAUUCUUCGCCACCCUCACGAAACUCAGUGUGCU